CUUUGGCUUUGGGGGUUACUAAUUGAAGUACUUUUCCUCAGCGAAUUUCUUAAUGUUGAACCCUAAGUGGAAAAUAAAAAGCUCGCCCAGUGCAACUUCCGGGGGACCAAGAUUGCGACGAACAACCAGGAAGCGGCUUGGUUGGGAGCUGUCCCGGGUUCUCCGCUCUGCUCUGGAGGGAGAUUCCUGGCGUGUUCACGCAGAGUUUUCCCGCCCCGCGUGACCCCUGCUACGACCUAGGCUCCGGCCCGGGCCGGCCACUCCGGAGCUGCCAUGUCGUCCGACUUCGAAGGCUACGAGCAGGACUUCGCGGUGCUCACUGCAGAGAUCACCAACAGGAUUGCGAGGGUCCCCCGACUCCCGCCCGAUGAGAAGAAGCAGAUGGUUGCAAAUGUGGAGAAGCAGCUCGAAGAAGCAAAAGAACUGUUGGAACAGAUGGAUUUGGAAGUCCGAGAGAUACCGCCCCAAAGUCGAGGAAUGUACAGCAACAGGAUGAGAAGCUACAAGCAAGAAAUGGGAAAACUUGAGACAGAUUUUAAAAGGUCACGGAUCGCCUACAGUGACGAAGUACGGAAUGAGCUCCUAGGGGAUGAUGGGAAUUCCUCAGAGAACCAGUUGAUAAAAUUACGUGAAGAGAGGGCACAUCUGCUCGAUAACACAGAGAGGCUGGAAAGGUCAUCUCGGAGACUAGAGGCUGGAUACCAAAUAGCAGUGGAAACCGAGCAAAUUGGCCAGGAGAUGUUGGAAAACCUCAGUCAUGACAGAGAAAAGAUACAGAGAGCACGUGAAAGACUUCGGGAAACAGAUGCUAACUUGGGGAAAAGCUCCAGGGUUCUGACAGGGAUGUUAAGAAGGUAAGAACCAGAAUCAUCCAGAACCGCAUCCUGAUCGUCAUCCUGGCUGUCAUCCUGGUCAUCACCAUCCUGAUGGCGAUCACUUUCUCGGUCAGGAGACACUGAUGUAUCUGCUCUUCCCUGAUAAACAGCAACAACGGCUCGUUCUGAGUAAUUAAGACAAAAUGGUCACAUGAAUCAUUCUUUUGCACUGACAGGCCCUGAAUGACCCCCGUGCGCACUCACCACUGUUCAGCUGAAGGGCAAAGAGUGUAAAAAUAUUUUCUAUUCCUGUCUGCAUGUGGGUUGGUUUCCUUUUCUAGAUUUGUCUUCACCCAGAUUUUUUUUUAAUAGGGGAAGGCAAAUGUUUAUUUGCCUUUUGGUAAUUUCAUCUACUGACCAAAAUAGCCUUGGAGACAUUCUUGCUUGCCCUGUGGACCUGUCGGGUCAUGGUUUGGGAGAGGCCAUGAUCUGGCAGUCAAGGGAGCUUCUGAUGGGCUGUGCUGUUUGUCACACACCUCUUGUCACUGAACAGCCCUUCUGUGAUGUGUGAGGAUAAAAAAAAUGCAGAGAAAAGCAAGGGCCAGAGCAGUGACCAGACCUGUUCCUACCGAGGCGUGAUGACCACGGUCAACCUGCCUGUGUGCGCUCAUUGUAAAGGUGGAUAUUUAGCAUCGGUUGUGCCGGAAAUUGACUUAGCACUUUCCCUGUCUUUCUAUGCAUAUUUUUUUUAACUCAAAAGUAUUUUUUUGCUGAGCCUACCCAAUAUCCACUUUUCACAACUUUGAUUACUGGCUACAAGAAAGAUGUCCCAGCCUUCCAAAACCCCCAUUCUCCCCAGAAUCUGCUGGCAGAUUGAGCUCCGGCAUGCUAUUUAAUUGUGUGACCUGCUCUCCCCUGAUCUGUGCAAGCAUCUCUGUAUCCUUUCGGUCUUCAUAUCUGCACCGCCCAAAGCAGCCCUCAUACAUGCAGAAGGUCUGACAGGGUUCUCUCCACGUCCACUCCAGCAUGUAAAGAGAACAGGAGUAUUUCAGGAAGGACAAGGACAUGACUCCAUCAGUGCAAAAUGUCAAAUGGGAUUAUCAAUACGUUGAGUCUUAUAGGCUGAGCCACCAGAAAUAAACUUGAUGGAAAAGGUUCACUAACCUCCUUUCAAAGAUUAAGGGAUUGCUGCGUGUUACGAAAGGACGGCUUGGGCAUUUGCUGUGCAAAUGUUGGCGCAGCCCUCCUGAAUGCGCCGUGUUCAGACUUCUCACAUGCUCUGUGAUUUCCUUUGGUUUCUCUCUGUACGAGGCAACCGGGAAUUGCGUUCAGAAUGAGUCCAUUUAUGAUCAGGCUUCAAGUUUUGCCCAAGUCGAGGUCAUUCUCCCCCUGGUCAUAAAGCAAAAUGUAUUUCUUCUUAAGACUUCAUAGGCACUUCCAGGGUCCUUUCUAUCUUUGGAAUAUAAUUGGAAGCUUUGAAGCCUUGAAAAGCCAACCUGUUCCCUUCAUAAAAAAUGCUAACCACCUGUGCCCAUGGACGGAGAGCACCUGAAUGCUGCACUGGAUUUUUCCCCCCCAACUCAGAAGAGAACCAUUACGAUUUAGAGAGGAAAUUCAGGAUGGCAAAAUCCACCAGAGAAAUUGUGCUCAUCGAAACAGGCUAGGGCCUGCAUGUGUUCAGAUAAAUCAUUUAGGAUUUUGUAAAUAAUGCUGCAGCCUUUACAUCGCAGGGCUGGUGUGGGAUCUGGGCAGAGCCAAGUAGGCCAGCAAGGGAGUGGGGAGGCCGUGCUAAUUUCCCUAUCAGCUUAAGGGAUCGAUCUCAGCAAGAAUCUUUUAUUCUGAUAAUGGAAUUCCGUACGUGCUAAACACAUCGAAGAAAGUAUUAAAAGCAAGGAAACAAGUAGUCUCCUCCUCGUUCCGAAACUAACGGUGGGGGAGUGUUCUGCCAGCCUCUCUGGUGGCUUCCUUCGAAACUGUUGAUCUUAGUUCAAGUGCACAAUCGGAGACCCAGCUACACCUCACGCCUCCAGACUCUUCCCAAGGCCACCUGGCGGGCCAGGUUGAUCUGACCAUCUAAACUUGCUGGCUUCUAAAUAUUUCAGUAACACCUGGUGUUCACGUGGAAGUAGAGGAAAUGAGGAGGGAGUACAUCGCUCCCCGCUUAGUGACUGCUUCUUCGGGGUUCUAUCUCUUUAUCAGCUCUUGCCUGAGAUUUUGCCCAAAUUCAACCUUGACUGUGGGAUGAAUAUGAACAGAUAACCCCUGGCCUAACAGCCCCAUCAGAUCCACCUCGAGAGUGACCCCCUAGACUGGCAGAGUGAGGGUUUUGCAGGAAGUGGGUGUGAAGGCCCCCCGAGUUCCCGCCUGGUUGCCCCGGAUGCUGCCGGACAGACUCGAAGGAGCCCCAAGGGAGGUAAAUUGUUUGCCCUCCUUUCUUGCUCCCCUAGGGAAGGAAGAAAACCCCCAAUUCGAAGCAGUUCGUGGAACUGUGAAGGUUCUAGGAACUUCAUAUGUAGACUUCAAUUGAUGACUAUCUCUGAAGUCAGGAGCCUUUGUUAAAAAUUCUGUGCGACGGGGAGGGUGAGGGGUGGAAGACGGGACUCGGGGGAGGAAGAGGAAGGAGGAAGCCCUUGCCAUAUAAAAUGCAUGCAGACUAAACAGUUGCCCUGGCAGAAUAAAUAAAGCGGAUGCUGCCCCGCUCCAGAAUCAAAAGCAAUUUAAUUAAAGUCUCUUAAGUUGUAAAGAGUUUUAAAUGUUCCACGUUGAAGACGAAUGCCUACAAAUGCAGCGGGCUUGACGUCAGCUGUCAGGCUGGGGCUGGGAGGCCAUUUGCUAUUCUGUUUAAGGCAGGCUGGAUUGUCUUAUUUUGGAACCAGCUUGGUGGGGGUUUGCUUUGCUACUGCUUCUGAGCCCUGAGCUUCAAAGGCUGAAAUUAAUGGUGAACAAAAUUGUGCGGCUCUGGCCAUCCCAUGCGGGGCAAGCCCAUUGAGGGUUAUCAUUAAGUAAAGAAAUAAAGAGGGAGAAAAAAGCCUGCCUGUUCCAAAAACCUCAUCAGAUAAUGACCUCAGUGAUUGGAUUUUCAUUACCAAACAGCAUCCAGAGAUUAUCUACUCCAUAGACGAAGGGAGGGGGGGAGAAAAAAAAGAAAGGAAAGCAACUGUCUUUCUCGUCCUCCCCUCUCUCCUCUUUUCUUUUUCUUUCUUUCUUUCUUUCUUUUUUGCACAUCUUUUCUUUAAAACUGUCAGAUCAUUUCAGUAUUUCAAAUCCGAGGAAAACAGCCUGCCUGCUGCUGUAUUUGAAGUUGUAAUGGUGUCAAAAAGUCACGACUGACUGACAGCCGUCAGUCCCAGAGGGGCUCAUUAAAUCAUAAAAACUUGACAAGGAAAUAAUUGCGCAUCGCCAGCAACUUGGCGCCUGUUUAGGCGUUUUUAUUUUCUUUCAUUAUUAGUCCCCACCAUUACGUUCAUUAACAAAUUGCAUUAAACAACUGUUAAGGGCUAAUGAUUUGUUUAUCGCUUUUUUUUAUUAUUAUUAUUUAAACAUUAGCUGUGUCAUGUGGUACCCCAGCAGCCUCUUGCCAUCAUCCGACUGAAUAUUUUUCCACUCCGAGCUCUGGGUACUGUUGGAAUAUGAAAUAGAUUAUUCAUUACUCUCCUCUUUGCCACUGAUUUGGUUUCAUGUAGCGUCUUCCACAGAGAAAGAUGAAAACUUGUCAAAGAUAGGUUAUAUCUUAUUCGAAGGGGCAACAAUACCAGCAGGUACAGGCACACUUUAAUAUUUAAUUAAGGUUGGUGUUAACCCCUUUAAAUGACUUUAGCUGUAAGUCCCAUUCAAAUGCAGAAGAGAAAAAUAAUUGUUCUUAAUUUGCAACCUGUUCAGCAGGCAUUCUUCAUGGAGUUAGCCGGAAAUUUGAGCAGAGUUUUUAGAUAAUGAAAUUUCCCAUCAUAAAUAUUUAUAGCCGUUUGUCUACGUAGUUAAGAAUUAACCACCAGCAAUGAUUUCCUCAUCUCUUUGGUUUGAACUGCCAGCCGAGUGGGGCUCCCGGUGCUUGGGAGUGGACAUGGCUUUCCUGGGAGAGAUGUGUAUGCAGAGCCAAGGACUCUUGGUUGGUUGUGGCUGGGGCUGGUUUCCAAGGAACUGCUCCUAGUGUCCCGUCUCUGGUCCACUUGCCUCCCCCUUUAGCUGAGUGUGUGGUUGGAGGACUGUGGUCUGGAGGGAAAGUAAGUAGGGACUUCUCAAAGGAACACUUGUGUGUCCAUAGCUGGUGCUGGGAGGGUGUGAUGGAGGAGCGUCUGGGCCAUCUCUGUGUAGUCAACAAGCCCACUGCAAACAGUGCUUCCCUAGCAGACAACAGAAACAGCGCUUUCCUGGGACUGACCUUCCACCUCUUGUCCUUUCUGUGACUUGCCAUUGGUGAAAUGAUUGGCUUUUCCGUGGGCUGUGAGCUUGAGGGGAAAAGUUCCUUCAUCAUCCUCCUCCUGAGUCAGAAGUCAGUGGCAUCGUCCAUCCUGUCACUGUGUCUGGUCAUCCUAUUUGAUUCAAUGAGUUCAUAUAAGCUUGGAAGCCAUUCUUAGAAGCCUGGCUCAUGGGCACUUCAGGGCUGAGGUGUGCAGGACAAUAUCAGGGAAUGGGGAGCACUUUUCUCCCAGCCCCUUUCUACUCCCACCUACCCAUCCCCAGAGAGACCAGGCUCCUUGGGCAGCUACUCCAUAGAUGAAGGGGAGAGAUGGUACAUGUUCCUUGUCCAGCACAGCAUCUCUCAGCAUCACUCACUAAGGACAGGCAGCCCUUCAGGAUGCACAGGAGGGGCCAGUCCAGCAGGUGUGAGCCAGGGGAGGCCUGGCCUCAAGCCUCAUCAAUCACUGUGGCCUUAGAAAUGGCAGACACACCAGGGUCUGAGGGGUCUCAAGCCUCUGUUUCAGUCCACUCCAAAUUAGCCACAUGACAACUUGCCACCUUUGGAAUGGACUCCACAUCUCACCAAAAGGCUUGCCCAGAAUCAUUCUUCCAGAAGGAAGGACGGCUCUGUGGUGAGCCACACCUCCAGUGCGACUCCCAGAGACACUGGUCGAGGUACUGCCUGAGACAUGAAGCCAGCCUUCAAAUAUGAUCCCACUCUAUGCUGUACCUCACUAACCUUAAACUAAACCCCAGGAAACACUUUGGUUUAUAUGGCUUCACUCUGCCUACAGCCCAUUGGACACAAACCAGUGGCAUCUGCGAGAAGCCGCCCUCAUUAUGUGACUAGUUAGGUGGCUCUUAGACAAGAUGUCAGCCUUUUCAGAAUGGGGCAGGUGACUGUGGACACAGUCAGCCCAGAAAAGUUCUUAAAGCCACAGGUACUGCACCCAAGAAGGGAGACACUGAAGGGAACCAAGAGCAGCCAGAUGCAGGCAGGAGAAUAGCAUGUGUGAUUGGAGCCAAGGCUGGAUACAGGGUCCUGAAAACAGUGAUGCAGCCAUUCCAACAGGAGGGUCAGUGUCCUCUCCUGCUGUGGAGGAGGGAAGACAUGGGGAGUGCUGAGAGAGACUGUCCAGGUUCAUUAGGAGUCCAGGUUAGUAGCGAGGUGAACGUUCCAGAGCUGGCUUACCAUAGGCAAGUAGGGCAAAAACAAGAUGAUGGGGGAAACCAAGAUGGCAGGACGGGAACGUAUGAGGUUGGGAGUAUAUAAGGAGGUAAGGAACAGACGGUGUGCAGGUUAAGGGUGGAUCCCCAGCACCAGGGAACAAGAGAUGGUUGGGGGUGCUCUUCCUGGGGAAUAGCCAAGAGGGAGGGAUGCAGGCAAGUAGGCCCCACUUUGUGCCACCCCGAGCCUGUCAUCGCCCUCCUUCAGAAGCAGCCAGAGGAGAGGAAAGGCAGGGCUCAUGUUGCCCGGGACCCCAGCCCAAAUCACACUCAACCUCAGUUGCUGAGCCCCGCGGGGCUCCCAGCAUGCUGUGGGGAGAGCACCUCUCCUGAAUCACCUCGUUACUCGCGCUACAUAAAUAACGAGGGCAUCACAGAGAGAGGGGGAAGUGCCGAGAAGCAGCGCUCCGGCCUGUGAUUCUCUGAACUCCUGCACCCCUCCUUCCCUUCAUCCAAACAAGGCCCUUUGGCGUGAAUAAUAGCUCAGCGGCCCGAAGCCCGUAUUGAUCGGCUGCACAUGCUGCUCUGCUGAGAGCUGCCUGGAGUUUUCCUGGGGGCAGGACGCCCCGCUCCGCGCAGCCCGCCCCUCCCUCCCCCAGCCUCCCCCAGGUGUGCUCAGGAGGGGACAGGACCAGGGGGAGCCGAGGCCCUUCUCCAGCCGCUUUGUUGCCUCAACUUUUUUGUUUUUCACUUAUGUUGUCGGGGAAAAGUACCUGAGUUGGAGAGAAAUGUUUUUUGCAUGCCGAGGCCCCACAGAGUUGAGAACGAACACAUCCUCGGGCUUCAGCUUCUCUCUGGAAGGUUCUGCCAAAGACCCGGGCCACAGAGGCGCCCUCAGCUGACACUUACGGAGGCCUGCUGUAUGCCCACCGUUGGGCCCGGCACUUUGGCAUGCGGUACUGCAUUUUCCUCUUAAUUGUCCCUGUCUUACAACAUCAGAGGGAGCGGAGCUGAGAAUGUGGCUAGAAGCCCUCACCUCCUUGGGUCAGAAGUGCUGUUAAAUUCAGUGGAGAAGCAUAGGCUGUAGGCAGGUAGAGGCAGGGACCGAGGCCUGCCAGCCCCACCCCCCGAGGCUCCGCAACACUGUUCCCUUCCCUUGUUUGCUUCUUUUCUGGACACAGGAAGUAGCCGAGGCCUUGGCCCUCUGAAGGGUGUACAAUUGUCAGGUCAGCCAGGACCCUGCAUGGUGGCACCCUCCUGGCUGGUAAACACCCGAAAUCCCACCUUUGCAGACUCCCUCCCUUGGUUACUGACCUUGAACCUCGGGGAUUCAUGUUCCCCUAGGUGGCUUCAUCGGCCAGUGAGUGAUCCCUCUGAGGGAACUGCCUGUGCCUGACCCUUUCCUGAGGGAGAUUUUGGGUUUGGGGGGAGGAGUGCUUCACCACAUGAGGGAGCAGUUAGCAGUCUUUGGAGGAAGGGGAAGGGAUGGGGGCCUUGGUUCCCUGGGACCAGCUCCCUGGAGGCUUCUUCUGGCAUCAGCUGCCCUUCUGGGUGAUAGUGGGUUACCAGGACACAGCUUUACCCUGGAAGCCCCCACACACCUGGCCAGGGCCCUCAGCUGCUCAGGCAGACACGGGGCUUCUGGGAACACGUGGGCUCUGCCAAGGAGAGGUGACUGGUUGAGGGUCCUCUGGCCUCUCCCACAGUAGUGCCCUUGCUGAGAAGGAUGACAGAGCAAGAAGGUGGGGUGGGGGUAGCACCAUUGACCUUGGGGUCCAGCCAAGCUGCUCCAGCUUCCUGUCCGGGUCCUACUGAGGGUGACAGGCGGCCAAGGGCGCUGUGGUGCUCAAUUUGACAUUGGGGAGGAGCCCAGAUGGAUCACUUCUGCCCUGAAAACCUUUCCUGCAGACCUUUCCCACACUGCUCCAUCCAGGGGUCUUGGCACAGCAGGACACUGACACCCUCCGUGUCUCUGCCUCAUUUCCGUCUCCUCUUCAUCCAAGCCCACCCCUCCCGAGAAAUCACAGAGCCAGGAGAGCUAGGUGGCUGCCAUGUGCUCAGUAUUGCCCCCAGCAACUCUUCUAAAUAAUCAAACCUUCCCCUGUUUGAAGCAUGAGAGGUAUAAUCAGAUCGAAUCGUCUAAUCAAUAAAUAUUUAUUGAGCAUCUACUAUGUUCCAGGCCCUGAGGACACAUGGUCAAGAAAACAGAUAAGAAAACAGGGAAUAAUCCCACAGCCGUGGGCCCGGAGGUCAGAAAGCUGUGUUCACACCUGGGGUCUUGACUUGCGCUCUGAUCUCAGGUGCCUGGAAAUCACAUUGUGAUGCCCCUGUCUCUGCUGCUCCCAUUGCUGCCCCUGAGAUUGAAGCCCAUCUCCACGAAUUGCCCCCCUGCAGCAGGAGUAGGGCUGACACCUGCCUGCAGGCGGAGAGUCCCCAUCAGCCCUGGCCCCUUGUUCAGGACCAGCCCAGGAGAGGCAGGGGACAGGAAUGGGGACGGUUUAGCCUGGGCCUGACUUGGAGGCGUUUCUUUCUUUCUUUCUUUCUUUUUCCUGCUUAUUAAAUGAUAAAGGUUUGACUUAGCAGGCAAUCGGAAACCCAAAAUAUCAUAAAAGGGGAAAAGUUGCCGAGUGGCUAAGAGGUGCACCACGGGAGUGUGGCCGGGCUGAGCAAAUGGAGCAAGAGACGUUUUUCAAAGGCUUGUCUCUCCUUCUUCUCCUCUCUCUGUCCCCCAUGCGGAAAGGGGAAAAUAGAAGCAGAAUUCCGAUUUGGGCACGUGGGUGAGUUGGUCACCUCCCUCCACCUGCAUCACCCCCACCACCCCAGACAGUGGAGACACUUUGAUGUCUGGGCAAUUGGGCAUCCCGGCUUCCAGACGGGCCUCCCUGAGCUCCUUUGUGUUGGGAGAUGAGACACAUGGAGCUAAGGGAAGGGUCUUGAAAUGAGGAAACGUGGGUCAGCGCCCCCUGAGCUCUGUGCUGGCUGCCUUGGUGACAGUUUGGAUGGCAAUAGCCAAGCUGAGCUCAGAUUCAUGGAGCCCUCACACUGUGCGAGCUUUAGGGGCCAUUUAGACCAACCUGGUGGAGAAAUGCAGCUCAGAGAGGGGAUGACACUUGCUCAAGAUCACCCAGCAAGUCAGUGACAGGGCCGGGGUGGAUGUCAGGUCUUCAGCCUCUGGUCUGGCUUUUCUCUUCUGCAUGAGGAAACACAACUUCAACCAGCUCCACAUUCUGGAAGCCACAGCCCGGCCACGGAGACACUGGCCUCCUUAGUAGUGUUGGCCUCUGCACCACGGGGCUCAUAGUCCUCAGCUGCAUUUGUCUUUGCUGGUCGGUGCAAGGUAACCUCUUGAGAGCCACGAAAUACAGUGCACAACUUUGACGAUUCCGCACACAUGUGAAAUAUUCUGAUUUUGCACUUAAAAUUGUGCAGUAUCAAAGUGAAUGGUACCAUUUGUGCCAAUAAUUUAAAUUUUUGAUUUAAUUUUGAAGGACAGUAAGUAGAAAUUUUUAAACACCAGAAGAAGUUGAGAGAGAGAAAGACCAGGGAAGAAAGAAAACAGCAUUUUUUCCUUUGCUUUCUGAAUGAGGGGCUCCACGUUUUUGUUUUGCUCUGGAUCUUGCACAUUAUGGAGCCAGUCCCGCCUGGAUGAGUCACUGUCCCUCUCAGGCACCCAUUUCCCUACCAGGAAACCAGGCCAUUGGGUUGUGCUUCCCGCCCUUGCUCAUGGACACAUUAGGAACGUGCACUUGGAUAAAAUCCAUGAAGGAGAUUUAGAAACCAGAGUGUGGUGCCCACCCCAGGCCUUGGAGCCACAGUCCUUCUUUCUUAAACGGGAGUUCAGCCCCCAUCAUGUGGGUUUCACCACCAUUGACAAGCCAGUCUCUCUCCCAGGGGUUCUCCCCAGGCAUUAUGUCCUAGAACUGAAGCCCCAGUCUAACCUCCCCCCAUAGGUACAGAAUAGAGGCCUCUGUGCCCAGAGAGAUUGAAUUUGGAAUCCAAGCAAGUUGUGGAGUGGAAAGAUAUCAGCCAGCCCAAAGCUGAGCCUAACAGUGUGCAAAGACCACUUACUGAUCUCUGCCCUCAUCCGUCCUGUAUCCAGUGAGACCCAGGAUGUCAGAGCCUGGUAGGAGGCUCAGCAGCAGCACCAAGGAGGCUGGGUACCCAACCGGGUUUGGGUUGAGGGAGCAUCUUAAGAAUGGUAACAAUCCUGCUUCUCAUUACACUGCCGGGGGAAGAGAUCCCAAUUUCAGAAUUGUUUCCAAAGCUAUCAUCACUCGGGGUUCGAAGUGCAGCGUCCAGUCUGCCUUGCCUGACGUUUGAGGACUCAGCUGUCCAAGGGCGGAAUGGGUCCUGCCGUAUUCUGUGAAAGUACUGUCACUUUAAGAUAACAUUUAUGGAGUGAAUGGAUGAAUGCAUGAAUGAGUGUUAGAUCAAGUGGCCUCAGUCGCAGUCCAAAGAAUAAAGCUCAUACUCAACAGUGUCAUUUCAGGAGAGAGGAAAACUUAGAUGACCACCCCCACCCCCGCCCCCGCCUUCUUUUAAGGCUUUUCCUUGAGAGCGGGUGAUCUGCCUAUCGUUUUAAAGUUUGGGUUUUUUUCUAAGUUUAUCUUAUUUCACUUAUUAUCACAUUUUGAGUGAUGUCUUCUGGCUCCAGUUCAACUUCCUCCAGAUAAUUCAUUAGGCCUGCGAGCUGCUCCAGAGUGGGAUUAGAACCCGUGUAGUACAUAGUCACUUUAAACUGAGAUCUGCUAAUUAAUCGCUCUUCUCCGUGUAACUGAGCGAUAGCGCUCCUUCCCCGAGGAAUUGCAAUUUCAUGGUUCCUAAUGAUGCUGCGAUUACAUUAUCUGGAUCACUUAGACGGUGGGUGUCAGGAGCCUUGCUCGAAGCCCGUCUCGGGGAUGGGGAGAAAUCACUCCUAAAACCAAGGGGAUGAGGAAAAGGAGUUCAAAUGUCUGUUGCUAAUUUUCAUUAAUGCACCGCUGUUUCUUACAUCUCAUUCAGGACUUAGUUUCAAGUUUCAACUUCCCGCAGCUCCACAAGCCCCCUUCUCGGAACCUCACUUUUCUUUCUCUCUCUCUAGUAUUCACAGAGUUAUUGUUUGUAAAAGUCUAUUUAUUUGCCGUAUUCCACAUAAUAAUUUAUUUUCAUUAGAUUUCUUGGAAAUGUGGUUCUACAUAUCGUUAGUACGAGUAAUGCGUCUUGAUUGUUAUUUCCUUAACUAACUUGUAUUAUCUGAGGAGCUAAAUAAAAUGCCUAAUUCCAAA